GCUGUGAUGUGCGUCCUCAUUAUCUGUAACAUCAUCAUCUUCGUCCUCUGCAUGGUCGGAAACGUCCUGGUCUGCGUAGUGGUGGCCAAGAACAGAAACAUGAAGAAUGUCACCAACUAUUUCAUCGUGAACCUGGCUGUGAGUGACUUGUUCAUGGGCGGAUUCUGCAUGCCGUUUACCAUGCUGGACAACCUGAAGGGUGGCUGGAUGUUCGGUGAGGUGAUGUGUAAAGUGCAGCCCAUGGCGCAGGGCGUGGCCAUGUGUGCGUCUGUCUUCACUCUAGUCGCCAUCGCAGUAGACAGGUACCUGGCCGUGAUGGCACCAACAGAUGAGAGGCUCAGCAGCAAAGUGUGUGCCAUUGUUAUUGCAGUCAUCUGGGCGUCAAGUAUCGGUAUCAUGGCGCCCAUCGUGCCCAUGAUGGUGUAUAAAGACUACGGCAAAGUUCAGACCUGUUCUGAGGGGUGGGAGACAUGGGAGAACAGGCGGGCGUACACAACUUCUCUCCUCGUGCUCUGCUUUGCCCUCCCCCUCUUGGUCAUCGCAACGCUGUACACCAGAGCGGCCGCACAGCUGUACUUAUCCAGCGUCAGAAGAAACCGCCAGCAGAGCAGAAACAGAGCGGGGCUGGGGAAUAAAAUCCGCGUUUUCAAGAUGAUGGCGGUUGUCGUUAUACUCUUUACCCUGUUGUACCUCCCCCUACACGUCCUGACCAUGGUGAUAGACUUCGGGGACUUGGACGACGUCGAAAAGAGACCUUUCUACACGUACGCCUUCCCGAUCAGCCACUGGCUGGUGUUCUUCCACACCUGUGUCAACCCGUUUGUCUACGCUCUGCUGAACAGAAACUUUAGGAACGGUUUUCGGGCCGCGUUUCUGAACGACAGGUCGGCGAGCCAGGCCUGUUCGUGUUGUUUAGUCAGGAUGCAGAGAAGGAGACCAAAAAGAACCCAGCAUGUCAAGACGCCGGAUCUCAGUAAAACCCGAAGGAUUUCGAACGAGCGUUCGCCCAUGCCGGCCAUGCUGCACCGGACUACAGCAGCACAGGCAGGCGGCUUGACUCGGGCUGUUCGCCCGGCUUCCCUCAUCCUGACCACCGCUGUGAUAGAAAGUCCUCCCGGACCAGGCUUUACUACCAGUUCCCCUCUGUCCACAUCGGCCUCGCCGCUCAGCCACAAGAAAAAGAUGAAAUCUAUUUCAAACGCACGCUAUACCGUGCCUUCUCAUGUGCCAUUUCUGAUGGUAACUUCAGUUUAG